ACAUCGCCUAUUCCUUCACUCCAUAGAUGCUGCCUCACCCACUGAGUUUCUCCAGCAUUUGUGUCUACAUUCGAUUUUUCAGCAUCUGCAGUUCUUUCUUAAAGAAUAUCUACAGAUAAUACCAGAGGUGAUGAUCUAACGCUGGUCGCUAGUACUGUGAGGCAGCAGCUCUACCAGCUGUGGACAGUGUUUGGUUUCCUCCUUUUGUUCUGCAUUGUAAUGAUUCAAGUCAGGAUAGGCGAUUGGAUUUAUGGGUCUGCUGAAUCAUAAAGGAACAUUAGGAGCAGUUAGCAGCACAAGAAUGGUGCGUUAUCUGAAACAUAAUUACAUUUCCAGGCAACUACGCCCUGCCAUUCCAUUCCAUUUGCUAUAUAGUGCGAAAAAACAAAGUGUUGUAGUGACUCAGCAGGUCGGGCAACAUCUCUGGAAGACAUUGACAGGCGCUAUUUCAGAUUGGGACCCUACUUCAGAUUGACAAUAGUCACCUAUCCUUUUUCUCCAAAGAUGCUGCUCGACCCGUUGAGUUAUUCCAGCGCUUUGUGUCUAUCGUCACCAUCUAUGCUCUCCGGACUUGCGACCUGAGUUACACCUCAGCACCUCCUCGUGUCUCCAUUGCAGUCAAUGGUUUCCUGCUGGUCCAAUGACACCGCUCGACAACUGGUGACGACCGUAGUAUUUUUAUUCUGAUUGUAUGAUGAGAUUAUCCUGCUUUGUUGUUGGUGAAGUUUGGCUCAGUUGCUGCUGUUGAUGCGAGAGGUUGUACGCGAAAUGAUUCUGUUCAUCUUGCUGAGUUUCUUCCACGUACAAGGGGCUCUUGCAGGGCCUCACACACUGAUCUAUUACUACACCCUGAACCACAGGAGUACUCAUCUAGAAGAAUAUAGUUUUGUGGGUGUUCUGGACGGUUGUGAGAUACAGUAUUAUGACAACAACAUGGACAUUGCAGUCCCAAGACAGAAAUGGAUGGCGGCUGCAUUUGACCGGAAGUACUGGGUAACAGAUACGUUCACUGAAACUGGUUUCCAUGGAAUCAUCAAAGGGCAAGUGGAUGAAUGGAUGCGGAGGCACAAUGAAACAGCAAAAUAUCACUAUACUCAAGGUCAGUUUGGUUGUCAGGUGAACGAUCACAGUCCCAAUGUAGGGAUAUUGAAGUUGGCUUUUGACGGAAGAUAUGCAUUUAGUUUCGACAAGGACAAACUAAAGUGGACGGUGCAUGAUCCAAUAGCUGAACCCUUCAAAGAGAAAUGGGACAAGAAUGAAAAAAUGAACCGUUAUUUCAAGAGCUUGUUAGAACAUGACUGUGUGGAUUAUUGGCGUACAUACUAUGCAAUUGGAAAGACAUACCUGACCAGAAAAGAAGGAAAUGGGAAGAAAGACAGGCACAUUGGCCUUAUUGCCGUGUGUGUGCUGAUAUCGCUGGCUAUUGGCUUGGCAGUAAUUGUUUGGUGGAGAAAAAACAGGAGAGCCGGAGAGUUCGAUGUUCACACCCACGCCAAGAACAGUUUACUGAUGCAGAUUAUGGGGCAGCCGGUCAUCAUACAGAUAGAGAAUAUCUACUACCCCAUUCUCGCAAUAAUUGGAGUUCCUGCUAAUCUGAUGGCGAUAGUGAUUCUCUGCCGCAGAAAUUGCGGUCUAUCGAAAUGCAUCACGCGUUACUUGGUCUACAUGGCAACUGCCGAUCUAAUGGUUCUGAUAUUUGAAGUGGUUUUGUAUGAGAUAAAAGAUUGGCCAAAUUCAUUUCUCAAUUAUACUCCUAUUUGCAGCGUUAAUCUGGCGCUGUUGUUCUUUUCUAUUGAUUGUUCGGUCUGGUUAACUGUGGCGUUCACCUUUGACCGACUUAUAGCUAUUAGUUGCCAGUCGCUGCGAACAAAAUACUGCACCGAGAAGAUGGCGUCAAUGGUCAUUGCAAUUGUAUGUUUUGUGAGCGUGCUGGAAAACAUUCCCAUCUUCUUUAUUUAUGAUCCUCGGGAAAUACUUGAUGGCCAGCCAUGGUCCUGUUAUGUAAAGUCAAGCUUCUACACCGCCCCAAUGUGGAUCGCAUUCUUAUGGUUGGAAACCAUUUUAUGCCCAUUUGCACCUUUCGUUUUGAUCAUGCUCCUUAAUUCUCUGACUAUCAGGCAUAUCGUACGGGCUAAUAGAGUGAGGAGCGCUCUCCGAGGAACCAAUCACACAGAUACAGAAAUUGAUAACCGGAGGAAGUCAAUCAUAUUAUUGUUGGCAAUUUCAGGCAAUUUUAUACUCUUAUGGAUGGUGCUUUUCAUUUGUUACCUGUUUGUACAUUUUACCGACACUCAGUUUCUAGAAGCAAAUUACAAUGACCCUUUCACCAUUGCGGAACAAUCCGGAUAUAUGCUGAGGUGCUUAAGUGCAUGCACAAAUACUUUUAUUUAUGCAGUGUCUCAGGGUAAAUUCAGAGAGGAAUUGAAGCAUAUAGUUAAGCGUCCACUAAGUAUAUUCAUCGGUUUAAAAUAAAUCAUUUAUUUUAAUCACCUGGAGUGAACUUGUUCACGCAGCACAUCAACAUGAGCCCCCAAAGGAAAGUCGGACAGACAACGUCCCUCACAUAUCAUUCGGCACCUCCAACACUAGACCAUUUCACCUUGAAUGAGAAUGUUUGCGAUGGUAUUCCUACUUUCCUACAUUCUACCGACAUUUUGUCCAAUUAUGUGAAACAUUAUCGAUUUUCAGGUCAAAAUAAAAUAAAUUCGACAAGAUUAAUCGCAGUUUUGUAUUGUUCUAAUCGCUAUACCUCUAACAAAUCCCUUCAAUUCAAUUUCUGUAAGUAACGUACUUUGAAAAGUUCUGAAUAAAAUAUUUCUAUCAAUGGACCAUUUGGGAGAAUUGUUACACACGCGUUCAAUACUUCAAAAGCUGAGAUCAUAUAUGAUUUGAAGUGAAUCGAGAAUCACAACUUAAUUGACAGAAGUACACGGUGACUCACAAAUGCCAUUUGAUUCCAUCGGGUGUUGUGGGAUGUACAAAUAAGGAACUGCAAAUGCUGGUUUACACAAACUGACAAAAGAAUGCUAGAGUAACUCAACGGGUCAGACAAUAUUUCUGGAGAACAUGGAUAGAUGACGUUUCAGAUCGAGACCCUGCUUCAACUGGUGUUAUGGGAUGUUGAAAUGCAUGAAUGUGCGGACAGUGGCGUAUGUUUCUCAUUAACGAUUGUAUAUGGGAUGUAUAAAAUAUAAUCUGUGUCCGAAACAUAUGACAUUUUAAUGUUGGAAUCAACCUAUCAAUGACUACGGGUGAGAUAUGCUUGGAUAUCAACAAGGUAGGUGGGCUUUGGAGGUAACUGUGUGGAUGAUGGUGUAUAAAUUCAUCGUGUACUGCCAACAAUAUCAGUGGACGGGCGAAACUGAGGGGACCUGUCUUCACGAAGAUGCAGUACAGAACGCCACAGGAGAUCUCUUCUCCCUACGGCUGUCAAACUACAAACCCUCCCCUUCUGUCGCGGGGUAGAAUGACACCCCCUCCGUAAUCUUUGCACAUCUACAAUCCUUUCCACUCGUCACUUAAAUUUCAUGUUUGAUGUAUCUCGUGUUUUAACCAUAUAACCAUAUAACAAUUACAGCACGGAAACAGGCCAUCUCGGCCAUACAAGUCCGUGCCGAACAACUUUGUUUCCCUUAGUCCCACCUGCCUGCAUUCAUACCAUAACCCUCCAUUCCCUUCUCAUCCAUAUGCCUAUCCAAUUUAUUUUUAAAUGAUACCAAUGAACCUGCCUCCACCACUUCCACUGGAAGCUCAUUCCACAACGCUACCACUCUCUGAGUAAAGAAGUUCCCCCUCAUGUUACCCCUAAACUUCUGUCCCUUAAUUCUGAAGUCAUGUCCUCUUGUUUGAAUCUUCCCUAUUCUCAAAGGGAAAAGCUUAUCCACGUCAACUCUGUCUAUCCCUCUCAUCAUUUUAAAGACCUCUAUCAAGUCCCCCCUUAACCUUCUGCGCUCCGGAGAAUAAAGACCUAACUUAUUCAACCUAUCUCUGUAACUUAGUUGUUGAAACCCAGGCAACCUUCUAGUAAAUCUCUAGUUUAUGACAGUUGGCAGACCAAUUUCCCUCCUGGGAUAAAUAAAGUUCUAUCGUAUCGUGGUUUGCAAGAUAACAGGAUGAGCGAAUUAUUCAUGGCACCUUGUCACGAAGGCCCACACAUGUUUGGAGGAAUUAAUGGAACAAUGGCGAGAGAGGAUAGUGUGGAAGGGACUUGGGUGUUGGACCGGUACCCUGAAGCUUUCUUUCACGUGGGACCCAGUCUCCCACUUAAUUACUGCUCAGAUCGGGGGAGCACAUAACAAAAUCUCAUAGAGCAGAUGUGUAUUUCUCAAACACUUGCUUUAUUCAAAGCCUGAGAAUGCUGGGAAACAUUCUACGAGGACCCAAUGUCCUUUCACUAUUUCACAGCCUUGGCAGCCAGUCUGCGAUUCACUGAUUCACGUGCAUGUUUAAACUAAUUGAUCAGUUAUUAAAGUGUAUUUGCAGUAUUUCAUCGUUGCUUCCUUUUCUUAGAGUUACUUCCAACUUUAUAUUCUCAGUAGCUUGCAAAUCCAUUCUCCCACCCGUGUGACACAUGGGUAGACAUGAGAUAUAAUCUUAUGAUCAGUUUUAUUGUCCUCGGCCUGUAUUACAAUAUCCGAUGUGUCGGAAGGAACUGCGGAUGGAGUUUAGCUUAGUUUAGUUACGUUUAGAGAUACAGCACGGAUACAGGCCGAAUGUGUAUGGAGAGCUAGAGUACAAGUGCAAAAGCAAAGGGACACUCGGAUAUCUCACAAGAUACUGAGUAAGAGUUCUUUGACAAGUUAUUGAAACUAAAUAUAUAGAAGAACGGGCAACUGAAAAUGGAGGAAGUGUGGUUGAUCAUAAAGGGAAAAGCAAAAACAAAAACAGAUAGUCGAUUUUAUUUGUGAAAAUUUAAAAAAUACCAUUAGUUUGAACAAGAAUGAAUAGAAAUUUUGGAGGGAAUGUAUCUGGGUCUCCAGGUAGAAUGUUAACACAGGGCAUAAUAUAGAUGAGACAAUUAAUGCGCAUGUCAGAAAGAUAGUCAUGGCAAUUUGACCAAAAUAAUUAUUUCGCAAACUAAAUUGAUCCUUAAAUAUGAUAUUCGUGUGAUGUAAAUUAGUAGGUUUCUAGAUGUGGAAUUUGAUCGCGAAAAUUGUAAUUAAUGUUCUAACGGUAAGGAUAUUUUAACGGCUGCUUGUUCCACACACUUACCGCACUUUGUGUGAAAAUGAC